AUGUCAACAGUGAUUCUAUAUCUGAAUACCUUCAACGAGGGUGUGAUUUCUGCUAUCAGAGCCACUGGAAACGAUUCUAGCUGUAUCGGGUUGGUACUACUGCCUGGGAUCCUGCAAGAUCUGGAAUCCGUUUCUAACCUUCUUCGCUCAAUCGCCCAAGUUCUUCCACUGUCAGAAAAGCUGUUUCUGCUUCCCAGCCAGUGUGCGAGCGCGAGUGAACUAGUCAAAGUACACGAGGUCUUCCAGGGUGAACUCUGGCGUAGAGAACACGCAUUACCACCGACCAUCGCUUGGUACAACUGUCCAUCACCUGAUGGAGUACUUCCACCACCAAAGCAUCACUUUGGACCGUUCAACCUCGCCCAGGCACAAGUGGCCGUGUAUGGUUUCGAAGCUGCGAUGGCAUAUAAGCGGCAGGGCAUCGAAAUGUUGCCACGAACGUUCCCACCGAUCACACCUGGUACAUCUGGCACCCAAUACCUGGAUGAGCUGUUUGGAGCGGACGUUGAGGCAUUACGCGAGUUAGCUCAUCGCAUGAACUUUACCCCAAGAGUGCGCUACGAACCUGCCAACUUUGGGUUCAAGCUACCAAACGGAACCUUCACUGGGGUAUUGGGACGAUUAACGGCGCGCGACACCUGGCUCUCGAUGAACGUGUACUUCCUCAAAGAUUACGAAACGCGUGACCUCGUGUUCGGUGCGGGCGUGUAUCAGGACAGUUUGUGUGUAUUUGUGCAAGCCGCUGGUAUGCUUCCCAAUUGGCUGCUCAUUUUCCGUUGCUUCACCCCGACGCUCUGGAUCACCGUCUGGAGCACGGUAGGGUUUGUGAGUGUGUGCUACAUGGCUCUGGCGCAGUUCAUCGCCACACACGCCAUAAAGGGCCAGCGAACCGUAACACCGAGUACGAACGUAACCCGCGCUGUCGUGGUUCGGAGUGCGUAUUAAAAUCGAUCUGAUACGUCUGGACUGGUUGGACAGAUAGUAGGCGCGUUGUUGAACGCACCGACUAACGGUAUGGAGCAUACGACGACACACCAGAAGCUGUUUCUUGCUUCUGGGUUGAUCUGGGGACUCACGAUAACGGGCGCUUUUCAGGGAUCGUUGGUCGAUGUGUACACAACACCCGUCUCUCGCAAGAAUUUGGACACACUUGUGGACAUAGACGUCCGUGGUCUAUCCAUCACAAUAACCGCUCCCGGACUCAUCGUGGACGUCUUCGGUACAGAACGUCCUGGCAGCACUCUCGGCAACUUAAAACAGCGGCUCAUCAUCCAAGAAAACCCACCUCAACCGAUCGCAUCCGCCGUAAUGGCAGGCCGAACAGCUGGUCUCAUCCGCAGCCAAGCGUUUCUACGCCUCUCAACCAACUACCUCUCUGCAGAUGGAACCUCUCAGCUGCAUCAGGUGCGUGAAUGUCCUCGAAGCUACACGCUCGCCUACAUCUACCCACGCGGGUCUCCCAUGUAUCCGAUCGCCAACGGGCACAUCCUACGCUUCCUACAGCACGGUCUCUACGCGAAGUGGACUCGCGACACGGACCACAUUUUGGGCGCGAACCGCGAACUCACCGAGCGCCAUUACGAGGACCCUCGCACGACAGAUGGCAAAGUUGUCCUGAAGCUGGCCCACCUGCUGCUACCUUUCAUGCUACUCGCCGCCGGGCACGCGCUGGGUUUGGUUUGCUUUCUAUACGAGCGCCACCGGGGUCACCGGACGCGACCAUAUUGGACACCCUGUACCGUAACGAGCGCACCGACGCGCGAGUCCCUAACGUGCGAGAUUUAA